CGACAGUGAUGAACAUGUGAAUUUCUUAAACAAUGGGUAUUAUAGAACUUUCUUAACUAUAAGAUCGAUCUUUGUUUUAUAAUGAAGGAGUAUAAAGAGUGAGAUCGCUUGGUCGAAAAUCACAAGCAACUGGAGAGUUCUAAAAGAAUCCACAGUCAUCAUGUACAAACUCGCACUGAUCACUCUACUGGCCGCUGCCGCUAUGGCUGACGUGCCCAAGUUCUGCAACAAACUUGAUUGCCCACGUUUCAAAGUGCUCAAAACAACAGAUGAAUACGAGGUCCGUGAGUAUGAGGAAUCUCGAUGGGCAAGCACUGAUGUAUACGACAUGGAUUACGACAAAGCUGGUAGCCUUGGCUUCCGUCGUCUUUUCAACUACAUCUCAGGAAACAACGCAGCCAACGCAAAGAUUCCCAUGACAGCUCCUGUAUUGGGAACAAUCAUCCCCGGACAGGGACCUGCCUGUGAGAGCAACUUCACCACCUCAUUCUACCAACCUUUUAAUAUGCAGAAGAGCGGGGGCCCCGCCCCAACUGAUAAGGAUGUGUAUCUCCAAGUGCUACCUAAAGUAACAAUGUUCGUCAGGUCUUUCUCAGGAUAUGCAACUGAAAUGGAUUUUCUCAAUCAAGCAAGUAUGCUCGCAGCUGCAAUCAACAACCCUAAUGCCUUCCGCUCUGAUAUGUACUACACAGCUGGCUAUGACAGUCCUUUCAGGUUCUUGGACAGACACAACGAGAUCCUCUUCCUUGCAAAAUAGACUUUUUAUAUCUCAUCUAUUGGUCACUUGAAUAUUAUAUCUUGGCCAAACAUUAUGCUCAUCGCUAUUGAUUCUGAUUGGCUACAAGGCAUGUACAUUGACGCUCACCAUAGAAACAAUAACACAAUUUCCAAGGACAUUCAAAUGUGGUAUGAAAUUACAGAUAACUGAGCAGUCCAUGAUAUUUAAACUCUUGAAUUCUUAUCAGUAUCAUUUUGAAAUAUUUUCAUUAUGCCAAAUUGUAUCUCAAUGCUUAUUGUUGUAAAUAUAUUGACUAUUUAUUAUUGUUUGCAUAAAUAUGCAACACAUUUUUUGAAAUAAAAGAUACAAA